CCUGCGUGCAUAUGACCACAUCUAGCAUUGAUUUAACACACUUUACUUAAACGGUACAUAUUAUUCUGCGAAAAUUUAAUAUAGUUUCUGUGUGGUUCGUGAAGAGUGAAAAAUAGUGAUCGGAUACCAUGCUAUAGGAAGUAGCCAAAGCGGAGUGAACAACCAAGUCGAGGUCAAGGAAGAGUGAAAGAAACGAAUCGAGCCAAUUCUUCAUUUCUCUGCUUUCUUCCGUGUUGUCGUGUCGAGGUGCGUCGCGAGAGUGUAAAGCACGUGUAUUUAUCGGACCUACUUUGAAGACUAUUUUGCCAAUUUACAGUGCUGUUAAUUGUGCAUCUAUAAAUGGUAUAAAGCAAUGCUACCCGCAUCCGUAGCAAACACGUUUAGGAAAUGAAAACUAUUCUCCAACACAUAAUCGUUGUUCUAUACCUUAUAGUACGGUGCCACACUUUACCCACAAACCAAACUACAUUAAGUAUUAAAAAUGGAAUCGUUACCGCUACAACCUCCUCCAUCCUACGGGAAAACCCUAUACUUAAACCAGAAGCCCUUAGUUCAACCACGAAUAAGCCGGACACAAGAAGUGAAAUCGGGGACGCAACUACUAAAGAAGAUGAUACAAGUUUGUCAGCCAAAGACGCAGUCGUUAUUGACUUGGAAAAAAUACAAAAAAUGUCGAUCGUGGAAUAUAUUGGAAGAAAAUUGAGGUCCUUGUGGGAUUAUAUAGUUUAUGGAAGUGAAAGUGAGCCUGAGACCACUUUUGUAGGUAGAUGUAUAGGAAUAGCCAAAAAAAUUCGCCAAAUAAUGCCUCUAUUUAUGAUCGGAGCAGGCAUAAUUAUUACUAAGUUAGGUUUUUUGGUAUUGUUUUCACUAAAAACGAUAGGACUAGUUGGUCUUCUACUUCUUCUGAAUGUAGGAACAGUCGCAGCCAAACUGGGUGCCUUUUUAGCAUCGAAGAAGUCCCAUGAACCUCAAAAUUUACAUUUGCACGUUCAGCCAUGGAAGAGUGAUGAUCACAUUUACUCAAGCGGCCACUACGGGUGGGAAGACAAGAGCGACACCAGUAUACAAACACACGAGCUCUACAAUUUGUACGAAAAACUCAAAUUCGAGCAAAGUUUAAAAAGAUACUUGUCUGCCAAUAACAGAUACCGAUAAGACUUCAUUGUUACCGUAGCUUUAAGUUAUUUAUUAAAUUAUUUAUUUUAUUUCUUAGGUAGAAGUAAUACGUUUGCUUGUAUUAAAUCUAAAAAAAAUUCCAACGUUCCGUUAAUACAAACCUUAAAACAAGAAUAA